AUGCCAAGGAAUACUGUGGUGAAUCAGGAAGCGCUUCGCUUCAACAAACUGCUCAUCCGCGUGCGUGCAAGUCUCGUAGACAUCGGCAAAGCCGUCAAAGGCCUGGUGAUCAUGGGCCCAGACCUUGAGGAUGUUGCCAACGGCAUCCUGCUGAACAAGCAGCCCGACUUCUGGAAGAAAGUUUCAUAUCCCUCGCUGAAGCCUAUGUCCUCCUAUGUGGCGGACCUUGUGGCAAGGAUGAACUUCUUCACGGACUGGAUGGACAACGGUCAUCCGGCCAACUACUGGCUCUCCGGCUUCUUCUUCACGCAGUCCUUCCUGACCGGGCAGCUGCAGAAUUUUGCUCGAAAGAACAACUUGCCCAUUGACACCCUGAUAUGGACGUUCGACAUUCUCAAGAAGGAGAACAAUCAUCCGCCAAAGCCAGAGGAUGGCUGUGUGGUCUAUGGCCUCUUCAUGGAUGGUGCAAGAUGGGACAAUGACCAUCAGGUCAUUCAGGACAGCCUUCCCAAGGUUCUUUUCUCGGAGAUUCCGCACAUGCACUGGAAACCGUGUGAGAAGGAUAAG